UACCACACAAUUGAACCCACGUUCCGUACCUCCUUAUGCGUGCACGUAAAGACGAACGCCAGAUAGAGCCCAAGGUGCUCGAGCGUUUGAAAGACGCGUGGGAAAGCUUCCAGCCGACCAGAAGACCCAAAAUAUCCGAAAAGACCUCCGCUGUGUUCAAACCGAUUAGCAGGGCCGUGAGACGCUCGCUCACGUCAACGCAAGACAGGGAAGCGCAGCAGAUAUACAGUAGACAAGCAAAGGCGAGAGCGGAGAAGGAGAAGGAGAAGGAGGAAACUACGAAGCCCAAUACGGUCGAAGAAGCAACACGAAAUACCAAGGGAAGGAGAAAACGCCGAGGAGAAGGUCAACGAUAACUCAGAAACUAGUGUCAAGGGGGAUGAGCAAUCGUCUUGAUUCUGUCUCGGCUCACUUGAUUUGAGAUGGAUUCCGCUGCGUCGGGAGCAGUUGAUCCGAAAAAGGCAUGCCGAGAACUGUUUAACAUGUACCAAGAAUCAUUCAACCAGAUGAUGGAAAACCUCAAGAAAUGCCAUGGAGAAGCGGCGCCAAAUGAAGAGACCACGAUAGCAGCUCAAGCGGUGACGGAGACAGCAGGCACCAAUGCGGGCAGUUCCAUUGUCCAGGAAGCGGAAGCGGACGAGGAGGCGGAAAAAACGGAGUUCAUGAAGAAGCUUGAAAUGCCCUCGGCUCUACUAAACCUGCCAAAAGAGAUUGCAGACGAACGCUUGAAGCAGCUUUGCUUCACAAGAGAUGGGCCCAAGAUCCCAAGAGACGUUCCUCGAGCCGCAGACAGCAACGACCGGUACCAAAUCCCCCUCAUAAAUCUUUGCGAGCUGCAGAGACUGAGUCUCUACGCCAUGCGCCAAGAGCUCACUGCAAAAGCUAUCAAAAUCAAAGAGGACGAGUCCUUGAGUGGCGAGGAAGCAGGGUCUAUCAAAACUCUAAUCUCAGAGUAUUGUAAUGCUCUGAGGGACUUUGACUACAUGAGGGAGAAGGACAGCGAUGCUGACCGCGAUCCUUUCUACCUGACCUACGCUCGGUGGUGUGACUGGUCCGUCAUGAAGCCCAAGAUCGCCAGCCUUUACAAGGGCGAUCCCCUAUACAUGCUCCAAGUCCCGCGCGAUACCUCUGACCCGGAGAUGGUAGGUGAUGCCCGCGGCUGGGCCAAAAAGAGGGAAGAUAGACGCGGGUUCAUCAUGCGGCUUUGGUUCGGGUUAGGAGGAGGAUUGGCAUCCAUUGCUCCGAUGCUCAUUGUGAUUCAGCAUCGGGACAGGAAUACGGCUCUUGUGACCGCUUCGGUUGGGAUGUUGCUUUUCGCAAUGUUUAUGGCGUACUAUCAUGAGAGGGAUGCGAGUCCGUUUGCGUUGGUGGGAGCUACGGCUGCGUAUGCUGCUGUGUUGGUUGUUUUGGUGAGUACGGCAUUGUGAGAUUUGAUCUAUAUAUUCUUCUACCUUAAUGAUUCGUGAAGACUCCUCUUUGGGUUUUGCUUCGUGGCGUGACGAAGGUAUGGUUGGAAGCGUAAGCGAGAAGAAAGGAGAGAAAAUUCUCUUCCGAAAAGG